UGAGGGUUGUGAGCGAGUGUGCUGUGAGUGUGUAACUGCGCGAGUGUGUGGGUGUUCCUGAGCGGCGCGGACGCGGAGUGCGGUUAGACGGCGGCGCCAGUUGACUCCCAAGCGCCGCGCAGCUACUACGCUUAGCCGCGUUUCGUCCGCACCGCGAUCCCAAUAACUUUGUGCACUGGAAACUUUUCAAAGCAAUUUUCGCGUGUUAUCGAAGUUCGCUUCGCGUUAUCGUCGCGAAUUACGUGUAUCGUGCUGCGGGCGUGCUUGCUGAGCGAUUAGACACGCACUUUCGCACGUGUAAACGUAUCGGUCGGUCUAUUUUUGAAUAUUCUCUAAACGCUACACCGCGAAGUUUUCGAAACGCCCGUACCGGGUUAACGCCCGCUGCACAGUGCAGUCGCAACGGCAGUGUUUUUGUUGACGGAUAACAUUUUGUGUUGUUAACCUCCGUUCAAUCUGAGAGACGUUAUCUUGGUGCGCGCGCCUGUAAUCUCUCGGUCAAGUGAUGACUUCGGAUGACCUUAUUAGUGGUUUGUUUUUGUGAGUGUCAGUGAGAGGCAGUGGUGCUUGUGCUUUAACCGGUAGUGCCAGUGAUGUGACAGUUUAUGGAAGUGUCAGGGUUGACUCGGAAUGUUCACAAAGAACGGCAAGGCUCCCGAGCGGUGCCGACACCCUCAUAGGAGCUACAAGAAGAAAAAGCCUCUGCCGCAUACGCCCUGGAAGUACUUGAUGAAUUGCCCACUCGUUAGGAAAUGUUUCGGUCUACAGUUGCGCAGCAUAGAGGAGCCGGCAGGUGGCGCGGGCGGCGGUGUGCCCGCGGCCACCUGCUACGAUGCGGAAUGCGCGCGCACUGAGGCCUGGCUGGACGAGAAUCAGGAGUUUGUGCAUGAUUACUUUUUAAGGAAAGCGACGCGGCAGGUGGUAGACGCAUGGCUGGUGUCGCACGCGACGCCGCCCAGCGCCGAGCUCGCGUCUCCGUCGCGGGCAGGAUCUGGCGCCACCACACCUGUCAGGAAGAUAUCAGCGCACGAGUUCGAGCGCGGCGGGCUGCUGAAACCGCUGGUGACGACGGUGGACGGCACGCCGACGUUUUUGGGCGACCAGCCGCAUGCCGCGCCGUCGCGGCCGCAGCGCCGCUCGCGACAUGAGCUGAGGCAGCUGGAUGAGAAAGAACUCAUAUUUGAGCUGGUGAAAGACAUCUGCAACGAGCUGGAGGUGCGGGUGCUGUGCCACAAGAUCCUGCAGAACGUGUCGAUACUCCUGGACGCGGACCGGGGGUCCCUUUUCCUGGUGCAGGGGGAGAAGGCGGCGUCCCCGCAACCUCAGAACGGCAGAUGCCUCGUGUCGAAGUUGUUCGACGUGUGCUCCAAGUCCACGCCAGAGCAGAUGGAGCACCUGGAGGAGAUCCGCAUCCCCUGGGGCAGCGGGAUCGUCGGCUACGUCGCGGAGAGCGGCGAGCCCGUCAACAUACCCGACGCUUAUAAAGAUGAACGGUUUAACCACGACAUCGACCAGCAGACAGGGUACAAGACGAGAUCGUUACUAUGCAUGCCUAUAAAGGAUAUCAACGGAGAAGUUAUUGGGGUAGCUCAGGUGAUAAACAAACAGAACGACGGCCCGUUCACAGCAAACGACGAAAAGGUGUUCGCGUCGUACCUCCAGUUCUGCGGCAUCGGGCUGCGGAACGCGCAGCUGUACGAGCGUUCGCAGCUGGAGGUGAAGCGCAACCAGGUGCUGCUCGACCUGGCGCGCAUGGUGUUUGAGGAGCAGAGCACCAUCGAGCACAUGGUGCUCAGGAUACUCACACACACACAGAGCCUCAUAAGGUGUCAACGAGUACAGGUCCUUCUAGUCCACGAAGCGUCGAAAGGCAGUUUCUCGCGCGUGUUCGAUCUGGAGGCGGGCGACGAGACAGAACCCGGCACGCCUAGAACUUCCCCCUACGAGAGUCGCUUCCCCAUCAACAUAGGGAUCACUGGCUAUGUGGCCACCACGGGAGAGACUGUGAACAUAGCGGACGCGUACCUAGACGCCCGGUUCGACCCCUCGGUCGACGAGGGCACGGGCUUCAAGCACAACACCAUCCUGUGUAUGGCCAUCAAAAACUCCGAGGGCAGGAUCAUCGGAGUCAUUCAGUUAAUAAAUAAAUUCGAUGAGCUGCUGUUCACGAAGAACGACGAGAACUUCGUGGAGGCGUUCGCGAUAUUCUGCGGGAUGGGUAUCCACAACACGCAUAUGUACGAGAAGGCCAUCACGGCCAUGGCCAAGCAGAGCGUUACUCUUGACGUUUUAAGUUACCAUGCAUCCGCUACAAUAGAUGAUGCACAGCGGUUACGAACGCUAAGGAUAGCCUCGUCGGCGCACUUCUGUCUCCACGAGCUGGAGUUCGACGAUAUCCACAUGAGCGAUGACGACACACUAACCGCUUGUCUGCGCAUGUUCCUGGACCUGGACUUUGUGGAGCGGUUCCACAUCGACUACAGCGUGCUGUGCAGGUGGCUACUCAGCGUUAAGAAGAACUACCGGAACGUGACUUAUCAUAAUUGGAGACACGCUUUUAACGUCGCGCAGAUGAUGUUCGCUAUUUUAACUGAAACCCAAUGGUGGAAGAUUUUCGGCGAGCUGGAGUGCCUGGCUCUGAUCAUCGGCUGCUUAUGCCACGACCUUGAUCACCGAGGGACCAAUAACUCUUUCCAGAUCAAAGCAUCGUCACCCCUAGCGCAGCUGUAUUCGACGUCCACCAUGGAACACCAUCACUUCGACCAGUGCCUGAUGAUCCUCAACUCACCUGGCAAUCAGAUACUGUCCCAUCUGUCUUCAGAUGAUUAUGAGAAGGUCGUCAAGGUGCUUGAAGACGCGAUCCUGUCGACAGACCUGGCGGUAUACUUUAGCAAACGCACGUCUUUCAUUGAGCUGGUGGAGCAGGAGCGUUCAGUGACCGUGGAGUGGGGCGAGUGCGAAGACAGGCGCGGCCUGCUGCGCGCCAUGCUCAUGACCGCCUGCGACCUGGCGGCCAUCACCAAGCCCUGGCCUGUAGAGAGGCGUGUAGCGGCGCUAGUGGCUGGAGAGUUCUUCAGACAGGGGGAUCUUGAGCGGCAGAACUUGAACUUGACUCCUAUUGAUUUGAUGAAUCGGGAUAAAGAAGAUGAGCUGCCGGCCAUGCAAGUCAAAUUUAUCGACACAAUCUGCAUGCCUAUUUAUGAGGCGUUCGCAGUCCUAUCGCCGAGCCUACAGCCGAUGCUAGACCGAGUCAAAAGCAACCGAGCGCACUGGAUCGAGCUCUCCAAUAACGACAAGAACGACUACAUGGACAAGGAGCCAGAAAGAGACAAGUCCAGCCUCAGCUCCCACGUCGAGGACACCGAUACGUACGAGGGAGACAGCAGCGGCGCUGUCAGCUUGUCUUCAGAGACUAAUUUCAAGUAUGAAAACCUCGAAAACCCAGUCGUAGGGCUGCUGGCCAACAACGCGCUCGCGCUCACUAAUCAGGGUAAAUUCAAUAACGUGAAUGACGUCAACUGAGACGCGUUCGAUGUUUCGAAGGCCAAUAGAGAAGCCAAAUCGUCCAAUUAGAUAGCUUAGCGUAAGAUCCGUAUCCCGCACAGCAUGAGACUUUCGUAUUUUUAAUUUUACUUUCAACCAGCGAUUUCUGUAAUUCGUUAAAUGUAAAUCGAUGUUCCUAUUGGUCUGACUGGGAGGUAUAUUUCACAUGGCGGGCGUAGAAACAGAUGUGUGAUAUUUAUGUAGUAAAUAGUUGAUAUAGUCAAAUGAAUUUCCGAUAACGCAUGGCGUUUAAU